CAUGGCCGCAAUGUCACCUUGGAUUUGUCCUUCAAUAGAUUUUCUACUCUAACCAAUGCUAUAGCUACAUUUGAAAAUUUGACAGAUGUGUCGGUUGUGACAUCCAUGAUUCUCAAUCACAAUUACAUUACAAAGAUAGAAAACGAAACCUUUUAUGAAUUUACAAACUUGUGUAGUUUGGACAUUUCAUAUUGUCACCUUACGAACAAUUGCAUAGAAGCAGGUGCCUUCUCUCGAUUGCCAAUCAAGUGCCUAAACAUUGAUCAUAAUGAUUUUAAAAAUGAACACAUGUACCCGGAUGUUGCACUUUCUGCACUUCAGUCUUUGCGUAGCCUGGAUAUAGACAUUUUUGAAAGUUUUAAAUUUACGACACCAUUUGAAAACCUAACAAAUUUGUCUGAAAUAAAGUUUAAUAUUCAAAGUGAUUUCACUUUAUCAAAUACGUCAUUUUUAGGACUCAAAAGCUCUAAAAUCCGACAACUUAAUCUAAAUUUUGCAAAUUAUGUGUAUUGUGAUGUUACCGAGGAUCUGUUUUGCUCCUUUCCCUUUCUUACAGAUGUCUUCAUUAAUUUCGGCGGAAAAUGUGACGUGACUUCAGCAUUACGCUCUCUAAAAUGUCUUCAACAUCGAAAUAUAAAUAACAUUACACUUUAUAAAAACAAGAAGAAAAUUGAAACAAGUGUGAUAAUUCUAAAUGAUACUUUACUUGAGUACGUUGUCAAUAUCUGCAUUCGAAAAUUGUUUUUGAUUGAAAACAGCAUUGCAUCUAUAACAAAGAAUAUUCAUAACACAACAUUAUGGAACUGUUUAGAGGAAUUGGAUUUAAGCAAAAACGAUUUGCAUGUUAUGGAUUUUUCAGUAGUUGAAACCCGGUUCUCUGCACCUAAAUUGAAAUAUCUGAAUUUGUUGAUGUUCACGCCGAUUUAUUCCAGUCGUCUUUAG